AUGGAGGCCACGAGCAGUCAUCUGUGCUUGUACCGCAACAAGGUCUGCCUCUUGCCUCGCGCCAUCAAGAAGAACGGCCAGCUCCACAGCCUCUGCGAGUUCCACCGCGUCAAAGCGAAUCUGAACCAGCGCCGCCUCGAGAAGAAGAAAAAGUCGACGAGCCGCUUGCCCGAGACCAACCGAUCGGGCUGCAAAGAGCUCUGGGUCGACCCCGUCGCCUCGAGCGAAGACGACGAUUACGACGAUGAGAAUGCCGACGACACGCAGAACGCCGACCACGUCAUUUGGGCCGAGCCCAUCAAGCUGCCCGUGCCCUAG